AGCACAGCCGAUGCGUUUCGUGAAAAUGACUACCCCAAACAAGACACCACCUGGUGCUGAUCCAAAGCAGUUAGAGAGGACUGGUACUGUUAGAGAAAUAGGCUCACAAGCAGUUUGGUCUCUUUCAUCCUGUAAGCCAGGAUUUGGAGUGGAUCAGUUGCGAGAUGAUAAUCUAGAAACUUACUGGCAGUCAGAUGGAUCACAGCCUCAUUUGGUGAACAUCCAAUUUAGAAGAAAAACAACAGUGAAGACAUUAUGUAUUUAUGCAGACUACAAAUCUGAUGAAAGUUACACUCCGAGCAAAAUCUCUGUCAGAGUAGGCAAUAAUUUUCAUAAUCUCCAGGAAAUCCGGCAACUUGAAUUAGUGGAACCAAGCGGCUGGAUUCACGUUCCUUUAACAGACACUCAUAAGAAGCCUAUUCGCACAUUUAUGAUUCAGAUUGCUGUUCUAGCUAAUCACCAGAAUGGAAGAGACACUCAUAUGAGACAAAUCAAAGUGUACACCCCGGUGGAAGAGAGCUCUAUUGGUAAAUUUCCUAGAUGUACAACAAUUGAUUUCAUGAUGUAUCGCUCCAUAAGAUAAAAUUUCUUAAUAAGAAAUAAUAAAAGCAUUUUUUUGAUGGCAGCGUUGUUGCUUAAGUAUUCCAAUACUUGAAGAGAAGGGUUUAUUUCAGUGUAACUACAUCUUUAUGUUUAUA